GCGGCCGGCCGGCAGCGGAGGAGGCAGUAGUGUUCGUCCGGUCGGCCAGGAUGGGGGCCACGGUGGGUGUGUGGGUGGCGACGCUGCUGCUGCUGGCCGCCACGGUCGGCGCCGCUACAUUGGAGGGCUCAGAUGCUAGUGACCCGUGCGAGCACCACACGUGUCCGACGGGAGAGGAGUGCGUCUCACAUGAGGUCUCCUGUCGGCGACGGCCGUGCCCGCGGAUCAGCGAGUGCCGUGCCGCCAACUGCACUCUGCCCUGCCGGGACGGGUACGAGUGCGACCGCGAGCCGUGCAACCAGCCACCCUGCGACGCGCGUGAGCGGUGCGUGCCGCGGCCGGACGCGUGCGGCGGCCGCUGUCUGCCCGACGAGCUGUGUCUCACCAAGGUGCGUCCGUGCGCGCCGCGGUCACCGUCUGACGCGCGGCCGCCGUGCGUCGAGAGCUGGUGUGUGACGCGCGGCGCUGCACUGACGGCGCGUCACCAGCCGCCGCCGCCGUCGUUCUGCGGCGACUGUCCGGCGCCAGCCGUCUGCGUGCCCACACAGGUGUGCCGCCAGUACAACGAGUGCCUCUUCCUGCCCGUGUGCCUCACCGACUGUACCGAGAUGUGGUGCGGCAGCGGCCACGAGUGCCGCAUGCAGCCGCCAGCGGACUGUGAGACCGCCGACUGUCCGCCGGAGCCCACCUGCGUCCCCGACGGGUCGCCGCCGGAGGUCGAGCUAGCCAAUCGGUUCUCCUCCGGGCCGCGCCGCCCUCAGUGUGUGGUCAGCUGCAGUGAAGACGAGGAGUGCCGCUUCAUGCCGACGCGCUGCCUCGAGUCGCCGUGCCCGACCGUGGCGCGUUGUGUGCCCCGAGCGGCGGUCGCAGCUGCCGCUGCCUCGGUGGCCGGCGCUGCGGCAGCCGCUGCGGGACCUUCCCCACCGGGAGGAGAGUGCCCGCUGGAUGACCUGCGUCAGCUGGCCAGCCCAGCGUUCUGCGGCACGGCCAGCCUGCACCAGUGCGCCGUCGAUGGCGAGUGCGGCCCGCAGCGGCGCUGCUGCGAGCGCGGCUGCGGCCGCUCGUGCCUGCCCACCUGUCAGCCGGGCUGUGCGCCGGGCUCCGAGUGUCGCCUGGUGGCCGUCCAGUGUAUCGGCUCGCCGUGCCCCAAGGUAGCGCAGUGCGUGGCCGCCGAACACCCGGGGCAGGCCGGCCCGCUGCCGCCGCCGGCGCCGUCCCCGCCUCUUCGGCCGGCCAGGCCGUUCCCUCCACCACCACCAUCCGCCGACCAGCUGCCGAACGGAGCGGCGUCCGCGGCUGCCGGAGCGUCAUCAUCGUCAGCGUCGGCGUCGGCGUCAUCAUCCCAGUCAUCGGUCGAUGGCGCGCAGGGUCUGCCAGACCGUCCCGGUCUGUGUCCGGUCAAUGACCGUCAGACCCAGUCCAAGAUCUGCUUCGAUAACGGCUCGGUGGACAUGUGCUCCAGCGACCACAGCUGCCCGGCCGGCCAGCGCUGCUGUCUGCGCGGCUGCCAGCGUCUCUGCAGACCCGUCUGCGACUCGUGUCCCGCCGCACUGCAGUGCCGACUCGACACCGGCAGGCCAGAGUGUCUGACACCCAUCGAGAGCAACAAUCGCUUCAACAUUCGCCGACGCGUACAGCGGGGGUAGUACUGACGAGCGGCCGCCGUCCCUGGGAUAGAGAUGCCUACCGUACCGGACUCUGAGGAACGGUCUCAGAAGGCAGGAUUACGGCGCUCCAUGAAUUAGAGGGGCACGCAGGUGGAUCCUGGGGAGAUCCAUGACCUCGCUGCGUCCGUCUGUCGCGUUCUCCUCAGCACUGACCUUGCGCCGCGAUUCUUCAGGAUACCAUUCACAGUUUGAUAGGGAAUCCGCGCUCGGGGGCCCGCGGAGACGAGUGUGAAGACAGGCUCAAAGACUGAAGUCGACAGCCGAGCGACUGAGUGGCUGACUGGGCGGGCGGGCGCUUCAGUUCAAAGGGACUGCAGUGAGAAGCAGUACACUGAGUUCGGUGAAACCCUGGAAGAAGGCGGUAGCGCCAGCGCCGCGCGAUGAGGUUCGCAGAGCGAGAUUUGACCGCGAGACAAACGUUCAUGCUCAGUGUGGUUGUGUGCAGUUGCAGAAAUCCACUGUUUCGUUGUUUGUGUCAUGACUGCAUUCAGAGUGUUGAUCAUAAUAAAUGGACACAUCCACAA